UCACUGUGAAUCAUUGUCAUCGCAAUGCCUCAACUUCCUGUUUUCGAUCCACACACUCUUAAGUGAAUAAUGGCUGAAUUAAACCGACAGCUCCAGGAAUAUUUGGCUCAGUCUAAAAGCGGCGCGAAGACGAUAUCACAGUCCAGUUCCAGCACUGCAAUAGACAUCGAUGAACCCACUUCGGUGCCGGGGACCUGGUUCGGCAGGUGGUCGAGUCCGUUCUCUGGAUCCAGUAGCCGUGGAGCGUCAUCAGGCCAAGGAUCGAGCAGCGGCUUCUCGUGGCCGUGGUCAUCAGAGCCUGACCCGUGUUUGCCCGGCAUGAGUCGAUCUCAGCGACUGAUCGCGUUCGGAACGUGUAUUUUCUUCUCUGCUCUGUGCUUUGGACUGUCUGCACUUUACGCACCUUUACUCCUACUGAAGGCGCGUAAGUUCGCUCUGCUGUGGUCGCUUGGAUCCGUGUUCGCGCUCCUCGGGGCGGCGGUCCUCCGCGGACCCAGUAAACUCAUUGCAACUCCCACACCGGGAGCCGCGGUGUACCUGUGCUCUCUGGUGGGCACUCUGUAUGCGGCGCUGAACCUUCACAGCACGCUGCUCACAGCUAUUGGAGCCUGUCUUCAAAUCGCUGCUAUUGUGGGUUACAUCGUGGCUUUGUUGCCGGGUGGGAGUGCCGGGAUGAGGUUUGUGGGUGGCAUGGCAGCGUCUGCUAUUAGAAGAACUGUGACCGGUAAGGCCAUGCCUAUAUGAUCAGGCAUUUCACGGACUGGGCAACAGACUUUUUUUUUUUAUCAUGGAAGAUACUCGGUUUUCGCACCUUUUUUUUUUUUUUUGAGUGACUGGUCUGGUAACGUUACUGCCAUGUUUGAUUGUGAAAUUCUGGCAGUAGCCUAUACUGAGUUCAGCGUGAACAGCAUUCUGUGGAUGGGGAUAUCUAAAUGUUUUGUGACUUGCACUGUGACAGGGACCAUAUGUAUGACCAAGAUAUCAAAUACUACUUACCGUUUAAUGUUUCUGAACCGCUCUUGAAACUUUUUGCAAAUAAACCUAAUAAACAGCUUACUUUGUGUUCUCUUCUUCAAGCCAUUUGGUCUGAAUAAAGAGAAGCCAUUUAUUUAAGGACAGCUCACUUCUGCAUCAUAUAUGGUGGUCAUAAAUGUAUAGCAUCUCUAUCCUGUUCUUUGAGUGUCUCCCAUGACACGCAGAAGGCUAUAGGCUGGUUCUGGAGCCUUCACUAAUUUGCUGACAAGUUAAAUCAGGCAUGUAAAACGAGAGACAUACAAAGUGCAGUGCUGAUGUAUUCCUGGACCAGAGCAAAGGCGUAAACACAUUCUCAGUAGUUUUGUCAAAUCCAGCCAUUUAAGCUACUUGUUUUGAAACACUGCAAAUAAACAUAAAACUAGCACAUUGUGAAAAUGCGGGGGGUUUUUUUGGUGUGGGCAGAACUACCCUAUACCAUAAUGCAAAAAUAGAAACCAAAAACUAGUGCCAUUUGACAUGGUUGGCUAAGAGAAAAAUCACAGAAGAGAUAGCUUUAGAGAUUGUUACUUUAUGUAAAAUCAGGUCAAGACAGUGUUUAAAGCAGGGCUGCUGUGUUCUCCUGGUGAUCUACCUUCCUGCCAAGUUUAGAUCCAACUCUAAACAGCACUCUUGAAUCAAUCAAGUUAGGAAAUUAAAAAUUUGUGUUAUUACAGGGCUGGAAUUAAAGGGCAUUUUUCUGCUCCAUUUUUCACUCCACUGACUGGAGUGAACUGAUUUUUCACUCCACUGACCAGUCAUACACAUGCGAUUGUGGGAGACUGGAAUUGCGAGUUAACAUAGUAUUGAGUUCCACUGCUUAUAAAAAUGUAAAUGUUGUGAAUUCCUUGCGAAUUCACAAUGAGAACACGUGAGCAAUAGAGAAUCUCAGGCUUGUGUGACCACACUUCUAGAGGAAAGCAGAAAAGAAAGGUAGAUCUCCAGAAUCUGGACCGACGCUGCUGCCUUCAAGAAUUGUCAUCAGUGUCAGAAAAAACACUAUGGAGUGGGUGAAAGAAAUGACAAGAGCAGGGAGAGUUUACAUACAUUUUGCACAGUCUAUUAUGGUUUCAUACAAAAAAGGACAAAACAAUAUGACAAAUUUUGUGACAAACUGUACACACAGAAACAAAGUCUGCAACUUUGUCACUCAAAGUAGCCUGGUAAGGUUACAGAAAGAUUAUAUCCAUUAUUUUACAUAAAAAUGAAAUUAAAUAAACAGCGCUGAGACACUGGGGGAAUGAAACAUUCAAGAGUCAACUUUUCUCUAGUAAUAGACAUAGUCCACAAGAUAAUACCAGUUGCAAAAUUGGCCCUUAUCUAGAUUGACUUGCAUUUGUGCUGGAUGACAGAAUCUGACUGAGGAAAUCAAUGGUACACAAAACAUUUUGUGUUUUAUACAUCAGAAGCAUUAAAGCC